AUAGGGCACAGCGAAGUGCCUUUUUCUAUUGUCCGUCUGUUCCAAGGCCUCACGCCCGCGAAAUUCUAAUAGCCGAAAGAGGGCUACCAGAGGAUUGCAAAAAUUAGGGUUUUGUUCCAUACUAGGGUUUUGCUCGACUUAGCAUACCUAACCAGAAAUCUAGUUAAACAAUCAACUGGCUGUUGUUUUUGGCCACUGCCAGUAUCUAAAAUUUCAAGAAAUUCAUUGCUUCAUUAUAUACAUAUACAUAUCUGUUUUCACCUGCUAAGCAUCAUCAUCGUCUUGAUUAUCAUUUGUAAUUCUCUCUUGCCUGUCUCUAUAACUACUGUUGCUUUGUCACAUCCCCUAAUUUAUUAUCACUCACUUUGGAACUCCUUGGAUCCAUAUCUUAUGGAAAAAAUUCAGUUCAGAUUCUUACUCUGCAACUCCAUUUGGCCUCUCAUUUUGUUUCCACCUUUCCAUACUUGUACUCUUCCUUCUGUGAAUGCUUCUGGCUUCUGUGCUUCCUUCACAGUUGCCUUGCAAGCUUGUUUUCUUACACACAUAAGAUGCCGAGAACAAGAGGUAAUGCUACUGCUGAGGCUGCUGAUAAACAAGAUGAACCUGAAAAUCCUGUGGAAUCUGAAGAGGGGGUUGACCUUGACGGUGACAAUGAACAGGAGGAAAUAAUGGAAGAAGAAGUUGAGUAUGAAGAAGUAGAGGAAGAGGAGGAAGUGGAGGAGAUAGAGGAAGAGGAAGAGGUAGAAGAGGAGGUAGAAGAAGAGGAAGAAAUUGAGGAGGAUGUGAAUGAGGAUGAUGCACAAAAAGGCUCAGACAGUGAGGAGGAGGAAGAUGAUUUAAAAAAGCGUGCUGAACUUAUGGCACUUCCGCCUCAUGGAUCAGAGGUGUAUCUUGGUGGUAUUCCUAAUGACGCCACUGAAGAGGAUCUCAAGCGCUUUUGUGAAUCUGUAGGGGAAGUCACAGAAGUAAGGAUAAUGAAAGGCAAAGAUUCAGGUGAGGCCAAGGGGUAUGCUUUUGUAACCUUCAGAUCGAAGGAGUUAGCUUCCAAGGCUAUUGAAGAUCUGAACAAUACUGAGCUUCAGGGAAAGAAGAUAAGAUGUUCAACAUCUCAAGCAAAUCAUCGGCUGUUUAUCGGUAAUGUUCCAAGAAGCUGGGAAGAGGAAGAUAUGAAAAAUGUUGUUAUGAAGAUUGGGCCAGGAGUAAUUUCUGUCGAAUUGUUGAAGGACCCGCAGAACACCAGCCGAAAUCGUGGAUUUGCUUUCAUUGAGUAUUAUAAUCAUGCUUGUGCAGAAUACUCAAGAAAAAAGAUGUCAAACCCAAAAUUUAAACUUGAUGACAAUGCUCCAACAGUGAGCUGGGCUGACCCUAAAAAUGCAGGAUCAUCAGCUGCUUCUCAGGUCAAGGCAGUGUAUGUGAAGAACUUACCCAAGGACAUUACUCAGGAUCACUUAAGACAGCUGUUUGAACAUCAUGGGAAAGUCACAAAAGUGGUUCUCCCUCCAGCAAAAGCAGGGCAUGAAAACAGCAGAUUUGGUUUUGUGCACUUUGCAGAGAGGUCCAGUGCCAUGAAGGCAUUGAAGAACACUGAGAAAUAUGAAAUUGAUGGACAAGUUUUGGAGUGUUCCCUUGCUAAGCCUCAAGCAGAUCAGAAAUCUUUUGGAGGGCCAAAUUCACAGAAGUCUGUCUUGCAUCCAACCUUCCCACCCCGUCUUGGAUAUGGUUUAAUUGGGGGUACCUAUGGUGCUCUAGGUGCAGGAUAUGGUGCUACUGGCUUUGCACAACCAAUGAUCUAUGGUAGGGGACCAACUCCUGCUGGUAUGGCAAUGAUGCCGAUGCUUUUACCUGAUGGAAGGAUUGGAUAUGUCCUGCAACAGCCUGGAAUGCAACCACAACACACCCCUCCACCACAGCCUCGGGCUGGCAGGGGUGGUGGUGCUGGUAGCUCGAGUGGUGGAAGACGUAGCAAUGACAGUAACCGUGGGCGCAGCCGGUAUAACCCAUACUAAUAUGAUUGCCUUUUAUUAAAAGUGCGGAGGGAAAGAGGAAAAAGUUUCUUCUUGACUAUUGAAUAAAGGAUUUAUCUGGUCGAUGAAGAGUGCUCUCUACGUAUUUCCAGAGCAUAAAAGCAUUCAUGUGAACUUAAGCUAUAGGCAGAUGUGCCAACAGGCAAAGGUUCUUGCACAGCUCGAUCCAUUUGCCUUUCGCUUUGAGGCCAGAGCUUGCUGGAAAGUAAUCUAUCAAUUAGUUUGUUAAGGUUAAAUCGCACUUCUGUAAGCUGGUAGCUUGUUUGUUCCAAGACAGUCGAUGAUAAUUAAUUUUUAUAAUAUAGAUUAAAUUGAGCUUUGAUUGCUA